UGAAGUAUUUAGCAUCUUCUGUAUCAUUUUACUACGAUUUAUAAAGGAUAUUUGAAUUUUAUGAGUUCAAUAAAAUAUUUUAUUUGUCAGCUUGUGAUCUAUAAAAUGUAUAUCUAAAUUUUAUUAAAACAAGUUCGACAAAUCACUAUCAAUAUGUCUGAUAUGAUAAUUAAUGAUUCUGUUCCUGUGGAUAAAAAGUGGAGUGAACUUAUCAGAUAUAAUAUUUUUAUCAUGAAAUUGGUUGAAUUUGUAAUGUCAAUGCUCCUCAUGAUAAUUCCAUUUGUUUUGAGCGAUGCCGGCGUCAUGCAUUGUCUGGCGGUAGCCCCAGCGCUCGUCAUGUCUGUUAUGUUCGUCGUGCUCUACUUAGUGGACCAAGUCCAUAACUUGGCUGAACAACUUUACUUGUUCUUACUUAUCAUUCUUAAUAUAAGUGCGAUCGCCGUUGUGUUCCUUGAGAGUGAACCAUCUAGUGCACUUUAUGGACUUUUUUACUGCCAUUUACUUAUAGCACUGUGUAUAGAUCAGUAUUAUGUUAUAAAAGAAAGAGGAUGUAUAAUUUUUUAUGAUCCUUAGUGGCUUUAAUAAAUCUAUAUUGUACUUGAUAUGUUCUUAUUGUAAAAAAAAAAUAUUUACAUAGAUUUUGUAUUAUAUAUGUUGAAGGAAGUAAAUCUUACUUUUAGGUAGUGGCUCUUCUGCUCAAUAUAAUACCUCAUAUUGUGGAGCCAGUGGAUUUAUGGCAAUGCGUGGUUGCUGGACCCACCCUUAUGACUUCCAUGUAUAUAAUGGUGCUAUAUAUCGUCGAUCAGGUUCAAUAUGAGGCUGAAUUGUAUUUUAUAGUUAUUGAACUCAUACUAACCAUCGUAGCCUUAGUGAAUCUGUUCCUUGUUGGGAAAAUUGUUGGUGCCAUAUAUGGACUUUUUUAUAUAGACUUAAUUAUUGCAUUCUGUUUGGAUGGAUAUUAUAUGCAUCAAGAGAGAGGGAUAACUCUUUGAUUAAAAAUUUUUGUUUGUAAAUAUUUAUCUUUCAUUUAAAAGUAAAUUAUCUAUUCAGGAUAUCCUAUUGUUAAUAUCCUGUGGUGAAAAGAUAGUUACAUUUAAUAUACACAUAUUUGAAAAUGCAUAGACUGAAGGGUGUCUUGUGUUGUGUUUUUAAAGUUUCUGGUAGUGUUUUAAAAAGGAUACUGAAGUUGACUCUGUACGAAGUGUUGUGGGUGUGUUCAGUGUCAUUAAUAUUAUUCACUUACUGGGCAUGGACAUCUCAAACAGUAAAUAAAGACAAUACAAGUUUAAAAAAUCCUAUUCUUCUUUGGUGGACUUCAGGAUUCCCUGGCACUACCGGAACAUUGUUUUGUCAGGAUGUAAAUUGUGAUAUUUUUACUAGAAACGAAGUGAAAGUACCAAAUGUUGAUGCUUUUCUUUUCUAUGCAAGCAACAUUGAUUUCGAAGACCUGCCAUUGCCGAGGAAACUGAAUGAUAUUUGGGGACUCUAUCAUGAGGAAUCACCAAGGAAUGUUGAGGAAUUGAUGCACGAGAACGGCCUCCGUUUAUUCAAUUAUUCAGCGACUUUCAGCAGAUACAGCGAUGUACAGUUCCCGUUACAAUAUUUAGAAUCUUUGGACGACAUCACAACCACCAAGUACUUCGUUAAGACGAAGGAUAAAAACGACUUACUCAAAGACAUAUCUCCGAUACUUUACCUACAAACGGAUUGUGAAACUGCUACAGAGAGAGAUGAAUACGUCAAGGAAUUGAUGAAACACAUUGAGAUUGAUUCUUACGGUGCCUGUCUUAACAACAAGAAGAUGCCGAAGAGAUUUACAGAUGACUAUUUGAAUAAUUUGAACGACGAUGAUUUUCUUCACUUUAUAGCCAGGUAUAAAUUCGUGAUAGCCAUAGAAAAUGGCGUCUGUGAUGAUUAUAUAACGGAGAAGUUCUGGCGGGCCAUCAAGGUUGGUAGUGUUCCUAUUUAUUUUGGUUCACCGACUGUACGAGAUUGGUUUCCGAAUGAAAGAUCCGCCAUACUCACCGAAGAUCAUCCGGCGCCUCAACGAAUGAGUGAAUAUUUGAACCGAUUGAUUAACGACGAUGAUUUAUAUAAUCUUUAUUUGAUACAUAAAACUGACAAAGAAAUAAACAAUCAGCGACUGAUCGAAGAAUAUAAUUCAAAGCCGUGGCAAAGAGAUCAUAUUUUAGCCGCGAAUAAGUUCGAAUGUUUUGUUUGUAAACGAGUCCAUGAGAUGCGACAAAAGGUCCUUCCACCACAGAUAAUAAAUAAAAGUCAUUACAAUUGCCCCAAACCCAUAUCGGCUUUGACUUUGCAAGUGAAUCCGACUAACGAUUGGGUGUAUUCGUGGCACCGAGCUAAAGAAAGGGCCGAGGAGAUAUAUAGAAGAGUUGAGAAUAAUAAAAACUGAAAUAUUAUUGUUAUAUAUAUAUAUUUUAUUACAUUAUUUAUAACAAA